CAUGUAUCAUGAGAUCACCUACUAUUCGAAUCUUCUUGACAUAUUGAUUGUUUACACGAUCAAAAUUAUGUCCAUGUAUCUUGUGACCAAACUAAAAAACCAACAAUAAAGAAAAAUUUCUCGACUAAAAACCCGAAUAUAUGCUUUUGCUGCCCAUUAUCUCUCCCAUCUCUCUUCCUCAUUCCCUCUAUAUAUACGUAUAUGAUGAGCAUACAUCAUCAUUCACAUACACAAGCUAUUAAUGGGUAUGUGGUGGAUAGUGGCGGUGGCUAUCUUGGCUCACACGGCGUCUGCCGCCGUGAGAGAGUAUGCUUGGGAGGUUGAAUACAAGUUCGGGUGGCCCGACUGCAAAGAAGGCAUGGUCAUGGCCGUCAACGGCCAGUUUCCUGGCCCCACCAUACACGCCCUCGCUGGAGACACUAUCGUCGUCCACCUCACUAACAAACUCGCCACCGAAGGCCUUGUUAUCCAUUGGCAUGGAAUUCGUCAGCCUGGAACACACUUCUACCACGGGCACUACGGCAUGCAGAGAUCAGCUGGGCUAUACGGAUCGUUGAUUAUCGACGUGGCCAAAGGGAAGAAAGAGCCAUUGAGAUACGAUGGAGAGUUUAAUCUCUUACUAAGCGAUUGGUGGCAUGAGGAUGUUCUCUCUCAAGAAAUCGGUCUUUCUUCUAGACCUAUGCGUUGGAUCGGUGAAGCUCAGAGCAUAUUGAUAAAUGGGAGAGGACAAUUCAAUUGUUCAUUGGCGGCUCAAUUUAGCAGCACAUCGUUACCAACAUGCACGUUUAAAGAAGGUGAUCAGUGUGCACCACAGAGACUACAUGUGGAGCCAAACAAGACUUACCGAAUCAGACUCGCCAGCAGCACUGCCCUUGCCUCCCUCAACUUUGCUGUUCAGGGACAUAAGCUCGUGGUGGUAGAAGCCGACGGCAAUUACAUUACGCCGUUCACAACCGACGACAUCGAUAUCUAUUCCGGCGAGACCUACUCCGUCCUUCUCACCACUGAUCAAGACCCUUCCCAGAACUACUACAUCACCGCCGGCGUCCGCGGCCGGAAACCAAACACACCUCCGGCACUCACCGUUCUCAACUACGUAACCGCCCCUUCUUCUCAGCUCCCUACUUCUCCGCCGCCGGAGACUCCGCGAUGGAACGAUUUCGAUCGGAGCAAAAACUUCUCGAAGAAGAUCUUCGCAGCGAUGGGAUCACCAUCGCCACCGGAGACAUUCGACGAACGGUUGAUCCUCCUCAACACUCAGAAUCUCAUCGAAGGAUUCACGAAAUGGGCGAUCAACAACGUCUCCCUCGCGGUUCCGGGAACGCCGUAUCUCGGAUCCGUCAAGUACAAUCUGAGAACCGGAUUCAACCGGAGCUCGCCGCCGAAGGAUUACCCGGUGGAUUACGACAUCAUGAACCCGCCGCGAAAUCGGAACACCAAGCAAGGAAACGGGAUCUACGUUUUCCCGUUCAACGUAACUGUCGACGUGAUUCUCCAAAACGCUAACGGCUUAAACGCAAACGCUAGCGAGAUUCAUCCGUGGCAUCUUCACGGUCACGAUUUUUGGGUAUUGGGUUACGGUGAAGGGAAAUUUAAACCGGGAGUUGACGAGAAGACUUAUAAUCUGAAGAACCCGCCGUUACGGAAUACGGUGGCGUUGUAUCCUUAUGGAUGGACGGCGUUAAGAUUUGUAACGGAUAAUCCUGGGGUUUGGUUUUUUCAUUGUCACAUUGAACCGCAUUUGCAUAUGGGUAUGGGUGUGGUUUUUGCUGAGGGAUUAAACCGGAUCGGUAAGGUACCUGAUGAGGCGUUGGGUUGUGGUUUAACCAAGCAAUUCCUCAUGAACCGGAACAACCCUUAGUAGGUUGCCGUCAGUUAUUUCAUUUGUAUUGUGGCUUUGGUUUUGUUUUGGCUGUCUACCAUAUGGUAAACCGAAAAUUGGUACUUGUUAUUGGUAUUGUUGGUUCUUUAGUCGGUUAUAGUGAUUACUCUAAUCUGGUUAUUAAGGAGUUUACUUCAUAUA